AUCCCGCCGAGAUCCCGCCGAGACGCCGGCGAGAGAGGUUGUGGCCGUGCUCUGCCACACACACACACGCAUAGGUCGUAUAAAGCGCUGCUGGUCCUGGUCUUGGCCCACAAACCCAUCUCCUCCCAUCCCAGCCCGUCUUUCCCCCCUGUCGAUCCACUUCCAAAAUGUCCUCCGGUGUCGGUGUCAGCAGCGAAGCCAUCGCCAGCUACGAUGAGAUGAAGCUUCGCCGCAAGUUUGUCUACAUCAUCUACAAGAUUUCCAACGACGGCAAGUCGAUCAUCAUCGAGAAGGCCCAGGAGCACAUCCCCAACGCCUGCCCCGUCGAGACCUACAACACCUUCAUCCAGCAGUUCCCCGUUGACGAGGGCCGCUUCGGUGUCUACGAUAUCGAAUACGAGACCCCCGCUGACGGUGUCCGCAACAAGCUUCUGUUCUUCAUGUGGGCCCCCGACAACUCCAAGAUCCGCUCCCGCAUGCUCUACGCCUCGUCCAAGGCCUCGCUCCGCCAGCGACUGGACGGCAUCCACGCCGAGAUCCAGGCCACUCUCCCCGAGGAGCUGUUCCUUGAGGAGGUUCUGGAGAAGGUCGCCAAGGGUGCCAUUGUCAACCCCCGCAAGGAAGAAUAGAUGCGUGUGCUUUAGAGGCAUAGCAUCGCUGGCUUCCGCUGGAGUGCUGCGGUGCCGCUGACCGCCCUUCUUUUCUUUUCCUGUGAAUCCUUAUGCAUAUUGUCUUGUUUGUCCUUUUGUUGUGGUGACCUCGUUCUUUUUGUUUUUUUUUACCGUAAGCUCAGAAAAGAAAAAAAAUGAAAUACCGGACCCACACUUCUCGAAGGAGCGAGUGUCCUGAUUUCGCUCUCUCCUGGAA